AUCUGCAGCAUGGUUGUAGCGAUCUACUGUCCUUGAGUAUUGGCGAUCGUGAAACCGUUGCCAGCAACCGGUGCCUAUACAUUCUUUGUCGGUGUCACAUCAACUCCCUAUCUCGGACACAUCCUCGUCCGAUAUUCGCUCGCCAUACAUCCCCCGACAUCUAUGUGAACGGGGUGCGUGGCAUACGCAGCCUUACGGCGCCAUCGAUUACGCGGGUUGGCAGAAUGCUCGGGAGGUCUAGUCUUGGGGGCUGAAUCCGGGGAUUGCUGGUUACCAUAUUUUUGGAAAGAAAGUGGAAGGGUGCUCUCAUGGUUAAGAGCUUACUUCCGAAACCCCCGAUAAACAACAUCCUGAUAUGGCUUCAGCCGUCAGCGACCAUGUCUCUGCGCCGUCGGACCUGGACCUGUCGCUCGACCUCACAAUUUCAGGACAGAUCGUCGAUAUACUUGAUCUCGAAUUAGAAGAAAACAGCCCCGCUGUCGCCAGCGAAAUCAAUGCCCUGGGGACGAGUCCGUCCGAUGAGGGCGGCGUUUCAACCCCGAAUAGCACCCUGGAUGCGCCAGGUACAGGUACAUCGGGCGUCAAGCGGAAGAAGAAGGUCGUCAUCACGAAGCCCCGGCGCGUUCGGACGGGCUGUCUCACGUGCCGGGAACGGCAUCUGAAAUGCGACGAGGCUUUGCAUCGAUGCCAGAACUGUCGGAAGUCGGGGAGAGUGUGCCGGCGCGGAGUUCGCUUGAAUUUCAUAGACAUCCAGACGGCGACGCCUCCACACUGCGUAGUUCGUAUUUCGGCAAAUGGGGUGACGUUCCGGGAUGAGUCGCGGUUGAUCGCGUCCGAGUAUGUUGGUGGCAUGGAGAGGUAUCCUGUCGCGGCGGAAUCGGCGUUGGAUACGGACAACUCGUCGGGGUCUUCUUUAGCACCCAACCCUAAUGCACACAAGGCCUCGUUCAUGCAGGGAUUCGGGGCCCCGCAGCCUGGAAGCUUGGGUGCGUUUGAUGGCUUUUCGCAUCCGACUCAUAACCACUCGUUUGCCGAUCCGACGACGUCGUUCGCGCCGUUUCGCUCGACUAAACAGGGCCAUAUCAAUGCCAUUAACCAUACGUGUCUGAACAAUCCGGAGGAAGUUUACCUGCUGCAGGUUUUCGUUGAAGAGGUUGGCCUGUGGAUGGAUUCGAUGGAUGCGGUAAAACACUUCACGCAUAUCCUCCCGUUUCAUGCGCUAGAGGAGCCCAUGCUCCUGAAGGCGCUUCUGGCGUGUGGCGCGCGGCAUCUGUUCCAUGUGGAUGCGUCUUAUGGCGAAGAGAGGGCAGCGGAUCUCCACAACGUCGCCUCCCAAUACCUUCUUCACUCGCUGCAAGACCCCGAUCGUGACUCCGCUCUCUGCGCGACAACCGCCAUUCUCCUCAACAUAUACGAGUUGAUGUCCGGACGACCAAUCCAGGGCAUGAGCCACAUCGCCGGCGCACGGGCAUUGAUCAAGGAGUGUCACUGGAACGCGAAAACGCCCGGACUCGGUGGCGCUUGUUUCUGGCUGAACGUAAGCAUGGAACUACUAAGCUGUCUGAAUUUCAACUGGACACUAUCCUGGGACCCAAACACCUGGGGCGUCGAGCUGGAUUUGAACCAAGCGCAACCCAGCGUCGCCGGCAAUGAAGAGGCCUGGACGCACCGGAUGGUCUUCAUCUGCGCGAAGAUCGCAAAUUUCCGGUCCCUGGGCCAGCCCCCGUCGCUGGAGAGCUCGGCCACGGACAUGCGCAUCAGCCAGCGCUAUCAGGAAUGGUGCACCUACAAUGACUGGUGCGAUCAGUGGGCGAGAGCCGUGCCGCGCUCCAUGAUGCCGCUCGGCUAUCUGCAUUCCUGGCAGACGAAUUCGAAGUCUGUUUUCCCGCAGAUAUGGCUUAUCAAGCGCUCCACCAUCGUCGCCCAACUCCUCUACCACACCGCGCGAAUCCUCCUCACGAAAACGAACCCCGUCGAAUCCGAAUUCAGCACAGAGAUGCAAACUAUCCAGCAGAGCCACGCGCGAGAUAUCUGCGGCAUCGUCGCCCACUCGCGGGAUCGCGGCGUCGCCAGCCUCUCCAUCCGCUUUCUCGCCAUCGCCGCCGAAUGCCUCACCACGCGCGAAGCCCAACAAGAAGCCUUCGACAUCCUCGAAUCCAUCAUAAAACAAACCGGCUGGAAAUCCGAGCACGUGAAAAAGGAACUCCAGGACGCGUGGGGCUGGACCGACUCCCACGGUCCCCCGAUCCCCAUGUCUGAUGAUAUCCUGGCCCUCUUCAAUAGUGACCAUGACCAUGACCCUGACCAUCCGCUGGAUCCGGUCCCCCGGCCACAUAAGAUGGUGGUACCGUCGGGUGGUGUUGUUAAUCCGGUUAUGGCCACCGCGGACUUUUCGAUGGAGGAUCGGCCGUAUAGGGAUUAUUAUGUUGCGCCGGCACCGGCGCAGGCGCAGAGGGUGGUGGGGUUUGAGUUUGGUGGAGGUGGGAGUGGGAGUGGGGGCUUCUAG